CGGACCCCACUUCAUCUUAUUGCAUUGUGCCAAGCAGCCCCACCCCUUGUAGCAGUCCGUUUUGUUUUGUGCUCUUCUGAUGUUAACAUCAAUGGCGGCCCCAAUUUGCACCACCCCAUCUACACUUUCUUUAUUCAUUCCUUCAUUAAAGAAAAAUAUCAUUGUUACAAUACCCAUGAUGGGUUAUUAUCGGAAUCAAACAAAACACGAAAGCCGGAUACAUAUCACUUACUCCAUUAUUACCCAAAAAACAGAAGAUAGAUAAAAAAGAAAAAAAAGAUAGGUGCUUGAACAAAGUUAAGAUUAUUGUAAUCUAUGUGCCAUGUGAUUCCUGCCUUUCUUGAGUUGCUGAUAUGAAUUGUUUUUCUUUUUCUUUUGGGGUUUCACUAUAUAGUUAAAAGUUUCUGUCUUUAGCUGUGGAUUGAUCUUGAAAGACGCCAUCUCUUCUCUUUCCCUUUGUCUUGCAGCUCUCUUACUGUUCAUGUAUGUGAUACUUGAACUAAUAUCUUGGUGAAAAAAUCGUUCUUUUUUGUUGGGGGGGUUUUGGAGUUGUAGUUUCCAGCUUCAAACUCUGCCUUUUUUUUAAGAGAUUCUGUUUCAAGGUGGUGUUUUUUGCUAGGAUUUAGGAGAUUUUCGAGGUACUGUCUUCCUUUGGUCGGAGUUUUCCGGAGAUCUUGAGGUCCGCUGUCGUAAAAUCUUUUGGAUUAUAUUUUCUACUCAAUCUGAAAGACGAUUUUGAGGCACAGUUCUUGUUAAGGAAUAGUAUCCUGUAUCCAUACAGUUUCAGGACUGGAUAAUGAUGAAAAUCUGUAGACACUGAAAUUUUCUAGAGAAGUAACCUGUUGGUGUGGGCUUAUCAACAAGAUUACCUGCAAAACAAACACACACCAAACACAUCUUCAUGAACAUGGAGAAACAAAGCAGUUUCCGGAAUAUUUCAAUCGAGAAGCAGCAGAGCUUCCGGGGUGCGCCAAUGGAGAAGCAGAAGAGCUUCAGGGGAUUAAUGGAGAAGCAAAAGAGCUUCCGAAUAGCAAUGGAGAGGCAGCUGAGCUUCGGUGGGGACCGUAAGAGGGGGAAAGAUUCCCCGGGCAAGCGUGGGGACACCCCACUCCACCUGGCUGCUCGGGCGGGUAAUCUGGGGAAGGUGAAAGAAAUCAUUCACAAGUUUGACAGUGUCAAUAAUGGUGGUGUGAGGGAUUUGCUGACUAAGCAAAACCAGGAAGGUGAGACCCCAUUGUAUGUGGCGGCUGAGAAUGGGCAUAAGCUGGUGGUGGAGGAGUUACUGAAGCACUCGAAUGCUGAGGCUUCGUCUAUAUCGGCGAAUAAUGGGCUCGACCCAUUCCAUGUGGCUGCCAAGCAGGGGCAUCUUGAUGUCCUAAAGGAGCUAAGGCGUUCUUUCCCGAGCCUCGUGAUGACAACAGACACCACAAAUUCGACUGCCCUACACACGGCAGCUGCCCAAGGGCACACAGAAGUCGUGAACCUUCUUCUUGACACUGACUCUAACCUUGCUAAAAUCACCCGCAACAAUGGCAAGAGCGUGCUCCACACGGCAGCAAGGAUGGGCCACCUGGAAGUGGUUAAAUCUCUGUUGAGUAAAGACCCGAGCAUUGGGUUCAAGACUGACAGGAAAGGGCAGACGGCAUUGCACAUGGCUGUGAAGGGGCAGAACAUUGAGAUAGUGCGGGAGCUCGUGAGGCCAGACCCUUCUCUACUUGGGGUAGAGGACAACAAAGGGAAUACAGCACUGCAUAUUGCAACAAGGAAGGGUAGGAUUCAGAGAGUAGCUAAAGUACUGCAGAUUGGGACUUUAGAGAUGGUGCAAUGCCUGAUAUCCACGGAGGGCAUCAACCUCAACCCGACCAACUCUGCCGGCGAGACACCCCUCGACAUCUCCGAAAACCUCGGCAACUCCGAACUAACCGCCGCCCUCCGAGCCGCCGGUGCUGCCCACUCGGCCGACCACGGCAAGCCCCGAACCUCUUCCAAGCACCUCAAACAAACCGUUAGCGACAUCAAGCACGAUGUCCAAUCCCAGCUCCACCAAACCCGCCGAACGGGCUUCAAGGUCCGAAAAAUCGCCAAACGGGUCAAAAAACUCCACAUCGAGGGCCUCAACAACGCCAUCAACUCGGCCACAGUCGUGGCCGUCUUAAUCGCCACCGUGGCAUUCGCCGCCAUCUUCACUGUCCCGGGCCAAUACGUCGAGGACCGGGGGCCCAACAUGGGAGAGGCCCACGUGGCCCACGACCCGGCCUUCUUGAUCUUCUUCGUGUUCGACAGCAUUGCUCUUUUCAUAUCCUUGGCUGUUGUGGUCGUGCAGACUUCGCUGGUCGUGAUCGAGCACAAGGCCAAGAAGCAGCUGAUGUCGGUUAUUAAUAAGCUGAUGUGGCUCGCGUGCCUUUUCAUAUCGAUUGCUUUCAUUGCGCUGGCGUACAUUGUGGUCGGGUCCCACGAGAGGUGGCUGGCGGUGUACGCGACUGUGGUGGGUGGGACGAUCAUGACGGCCACGAUAGGGUCCAUGUGUUACUGUGUGGUGCGGCACAGGCUGGAGGAUUCGAGGAUGAGGAGCGUGAGGAGGGGGUCGACGACGCUUUCGAGGUCGUUUUCGCUGUCGAAUUUGUCGGAGAACGAGAUGUAUAGCGAGAGGUAUAAGAAGAUGUAUGCUGUGUGAAAGGGUUUUGAGCGCUUUUCGUAUGACGGUGUCGUUCUUGGAUUACAAUUUAACGAUCGUUAGGUAUGGAGUUGAUCGAGUGGAGUAGGGAAGGGAUCCUUUGUAUUGAAAAUUUGAAGUAGUUGUGUUGAUAUUUAUUUAACUUUUAUAUAGUCAUAUAUCUAUAUGGUGUGUGUGUGUGUGUGUGUGAGGGUAAGAGGAGGAUAUUGAAUAGUCUGGAUCAGGAGCCAUCACAUAGACUGGGAGGAAGGUCUUGAUGGGUUAAAAGUUUGUAAUUGGUGCUGUCUGUAGUGAUGAUCAGACUCGAAAUAAGGUGGCUUGUUUUAAAGAUCCAUGUCUUGUAGGGUAUAUAUUCAUUUCAUGUGCCAAAUGGACCUUACCUUCUUUUUCUUCUAAACUACAAGACACAACAGUUUCAUU